AUGGCGUUCAGACUAAAAGUCCUGGCAGGCACCACCUUCUCUAGCAUCAUCGGCAUCGGAUUGGGGCUACACCAUACGACCGCCAACAUCCACGCGGUCCCGUUGACUACUACAGACCCUAUCUUCGCUUCCAAGUUCUACAGAAGCUACAACCCGAAUAACAAUCCGACAAUCCAUGACUUGCACAUCAUCAGGGUCCCAUUGAGCGAAAUCGAUCCCGCACUCCUUGAGGAUCCGCCGAGACUGCUUGAGCGAUAUUGUGGGGGAAUAUGGGCAGGAGCCGGAUUUGCCCUACAACGCAUGCUUCGCAAAUGGCUGGACAAGCCUAACACGGAUACCACCCAGCUCUGGUCGCCUUCCGAGCUUCUCCGGUCCGAUUACCAGGUAGGGACUGACAUAGUCGCCGAAUUGGAGGUCAUCGAUCAGUCUUCAGAUUCGAUCCUCAUCCGAGGAGGGGACAAAACUUGCAAUCGCGGCCUGCGGCCCCUGGACGCGUUAAUCGAGGUCGCCGCUCGAGUAGACAAGGAGAAUAAUGUGGUCGAGUUCGGGUUCAAGUCGCUUUUCUUCCAAGGGAUUGGCCGGACGGAUCAGCUCCCUAUGCCAGGGCCGGUGGUGUGGUUGCAUGAGCUAUACGCGAAGAUCUUGUUGAAAUCGGGUGUGCAAUAUGUUCUUAAAUGA